GAGCAGGCCGGGCCAUGACCCCCGCGGCCCGCGGCUGCAGGCGUGUCGCCUGGUGUCCCGCAAGGCCGCCAGCGUCCGCGCCCAGCGCGCCCCAGAAAGAGGCCUGCAGAGGCGACGCCAUGGGGCUGAAGCCCUCCUGUCUGAAAGGCUUUAAGAUGUGUGUCAGCAGCAGCAGCAGCAGCAACAACAACCAUGACGAGGCCCCUGUGCUGAACGACAAACACCUGAGUGUCCCCAACAUCAUCAUUACACCACCAACCCCGACAGGCACGGGGCUUUCCAGAGACUCCAAGCAGCCAGUCUGGAUGGAUGAGUUGGGGUGUUAUCAAGAUGAUGGAGAGUUGGACCCUGAAGCCUGAGAAGUCACCAAGUGGUGGGACCUGUGUGGCAGCUUCUUGCCUCACUGCCCCUUGCCCCAGGUGUUGGGGACAUGGCUACCUGAGCAGCUGGAUGAGGAGUGAGAAUUGGGCCCUGGACCAAGACAGGAGUGGCCAACGGAACACAGCAGGGCUCUGGCCCCGGCAGAGCAGACAUCUGUCACCUCCAUGUUCUUGCCAAGCCAGACCCCAGCUUGGUGAGGAGGAAGUGACCCUGCCCUAUGGCCACUGUGACCACAGACCCUGGCCCUCAAGGUCACAGCACAUAAGGACUUCUCGCCAGAGCAGGGCCUCUGUUUUUUUAUAAGUUGUUUUACAGGUACAGAACCCACGUCCUGAGUGAGAUUUAUAAAUAAAGCACCUUUGUGA